AAAACCAUAAACUCGACUAGAAGAAGAAACCCCAGGACGCUUGAAUAGAAAGAUGGGGGAGGCUGAAGUUGUCUCUACAGACGAAAAACAAGUGGAUUCCGGGGCUUGUGCUGCUGAAGAGUCAGUGGUAUGGAGUCAAGAAGUGGAAGUGUGUCUGUUUCACGCGAUGUUGGGUCACAAACCAGUCGGGGUCAAUCGUCAUUUCCACAUGAUUUGCAUACGUGAUAAAUUUAGCCAAAACAUUGGAAGGCAAGUGUCAUCAAAGGUCAUCUGGGAUCACUUGGGAACCAUGUAUGACAUGCAGGCACUGCACGAGUCUGAAAUCCUUCCUUUUCCCAACUCUGAAAAGAGCUUUGUCCUACCUGAGGAUAUAAUACAGGAGGUCAGAGAAGGGAAAGUAGGUUCAGAGGAUGAUAUAAAGGAAGAGUUUAAAGAAGAGAGGGAUCUUUCAGCCACCCAUGAAGAAGGCAGCAACUCUUCAGUGAAGAUGACUGAACGCUCAAGCAGUGGGCGAGAGAAGGAGAAGGAGCGAGAGCGUGAGAGGGAGAAAGGGAAUUCAGUUGAGUCAGGUGGUGGCUCCAAGGAGGCCGCGGGUGAGAAGCGGAAGCGAAAUCGGGCCACAGAAAAAACAAUGAGCACCGGCAACCCAUCCAGCCCUGGGGGAGCCAAACGCCGCAGAACAUAGUGAUGGCCAACAGGGGGCAUUUGGAGGAUCGAACUCAUCGGGACUGAGAUGGCUUACUUUAGGCCUACCAGAGGCUUGGCCAUGGUUAAAGUGAUGCGUUGUGAGGCAGUGUUUCUGUAUGAGAGGAUGGUCCUCUGUUUGAGCUUUUUCAGAAGCUUGGUGUAUGAGGGAACACACCAGUGCACACGUAUACACAGUCUACUGAACAAUAAUCAGGACUCCAGUAGAAAGUAUCAGCAAUGAUUAGAGAAGAUCUUAAAAGCUUCCAGGUUGUGGAUCAUAGUACAGACAAAUGUGCUUACAUUGUUUUUUGUUUUUUUUUUUCCCUUUGGAAAGUAAGCUUUAGGUAGCAGUUUAUAUCUCGUUUUGUUCAAGUAACUCUGAGUAAUUUCUGUACCUGAACAGAAUGUUUGAUGGCAUUCCUUGAAAGUGGUCUGUGACUGUCAUGAUGAUCAAUUAGGGAUAGGAGGCUUAGUACUUAGCUCUUAGUGCAGCUUGCUUGGUGAUUACAAUACAGUUCUUGCUUAAAAUGCUUCUGUCGCGAUUUCCUUUGGAUUUCCAGACUGUCUACAUGGUGAGUGUAACCUAAGUGAGAUAGACUCAAUGCAGGUUCCUGUAUUUCCAUUAUGUGUUUGUUAAGAAGGAAUGUGAUUUUUACAACCAUCUGUAUUUAUUAAUUUCCCAUUUUUUUAAAAAAAGAUGUGAGCAAGCCUUAAAUCAGGCUUAAUGUUGGUUUGUUGUUUAUUUUAUAAAAAAAUAAAUCCUAAUCCUUUGAAUA